AUGAUAAAUCAACCAGAAACAUGCUUAAACUUCCAACAGACGAUAUUAUACGACCCGGCACGCAAAAAAGAGCCAUCGUUAUCGUUCCAGGACGAACGAGACACCUGUCUUUCAUACUUUUCCAAGUGGAAUGAGGGAGAUCAAGUUGACUUUGUAGAACAAUUGCUAUCUCGGAUGUGCCAUUAUCAGCAUGGACAUAUUAACGCCUACUUAAAGCCUAUGCUACAACGCGAUUUUAUUUCCUUAUUGCCGAAAAAAGGCUUGGAUCACGUUGCCGAAAACAUUUUGUCGCACCUGGAUGCCGAUUCGUUGUGUGCUGCCGAAUUAGUUUGUAAGGAAUGGCUCCGUGUGAUAUCCGAGGGGAUGUUAUGGAAAAAAUUGAUCGAACGCAAGGUCCGUACAGACUCAUUGUGGCGCGGCUUAGCAGAACGCCGUGCAUGGAUGAAGCAUUUAUUCGUACCCCGUCCCGGCUCAAUACAUCGACCGCACAAAUUUUACAGAUCAUUAUUCCCGAAAAUUAUGAAAGAUAUUCAAACCAUCGAAGACAACUGGCGUCAAGGCACUCACAAUUUGCAACGCAUCAAUUGUCGCAGCGAAAACUCGAAGGGUGUGUAUUGCUUACAGUACGACGACAACAAAAUUGUUUCCGGCCUCCGUGAUAACACGAUCAAAAUUUGGGAUCGCAACACGCUGCAAUGCUACAAGAUACUCACCGGGCACACGGGCUCCGUUUUGUGCUUGCAGUACGACGACAAAGUGAUCAUUAGCGGUUCGAGCGACAGUACGGUGCGCGUGUGGGACGUCAAUACGGGCGAAUUGGUGAACACGUUGAUACAUCACUGUGAGGCAGUCUUGCAUUUACGCUUCAACAACGGCAUGAUGGUGACUUGCUCGAAGGAUCGUUCGAUUGCGGUAUGGGACAUGACAUCUGCCAGCGAAAUUGCGCUGCGUCGUGUCUUGGUUGGGCAUCGAGCUGCCGUCAAUGUUGUUGAUUUUGACGAAAAAUACAUCGUUUCGGCAUCCGGCGAUCGUACAAUUAAGGUAUGGAAUACGUCGAGUUGCGACUUUUUCCGUACACUCAAUGGACACAAACGAGGCAUCGCCUGUUUACAAUAUCGUGAUAGAUUAGUUGUUAGUGGAAGUUCAGAUAAUUCGAUAAGACUUUGGGAUAUUCAGUACGGCAACUGCUUACGUGUUCUCGAGGGACACGAGGAAUUAGUUCGUUGCAUCCGAUUCGACAGCAAAAGAAUUGUAAGCGGUGCUUAUGAUGGCAAAAUUAAAGUUUGGGACCUGCAAGCAGCACUCGACCCACGUGCACAAUCGAAUACAUUGUGUCUAAAGACUUUAGUGGAACACACGGGCCGAGUAUUCCGAUUACAAUUUGACGAGUUCCAGAUUGUGAGUAGCUCGCACGACGACACCAUUCUAAUAUGGGACUUCUUAAACUGUUCUCAGGCUAAUCCCGAACCUCCCGUUAACCGAUCGCCGUCACCGUCUAUGGAAUGAUCUUCAUCGUAGUUAUUUUAGAUUUACUUUUAGACCCUUUUUGAAAUAUGAUUAAUUUAUUAGUUAAUAAGCUAGAGAAUUUUGAAUCAGUACGAAUCGUUGAUGAUGACUUGAAAUAUCAAACAAAAAAAAAUAAAUAAAUAAAAAAACAUUUUUUCAUUUUUCGCAGCUUUUGAUAGAAAUUGGCUUCUUACGAAAUACAAAACAGAAAAAAAUCACAAAAUGUCGUCUUUUUUGAUGAUCACAAGUAAGAUUGUUAAGCGAAGUAGAAAAAUAAGAAAAAAAAGUUAAUUUUGUGUGUAAAUGACAAACCGAUAAAAUAUAAAAAAAAAAACAUUUUUGUGCCCUAUCGUCCCUUCUAAGGGAUAUUAAUUGUAUUUUUGUCGCCUUUCUUCGAUGUUUUUUUCGAAUUUUACUUCAAAAUCGUUUUCAUUCACGUUUUUUCUCGACUAAAAGUUGUAAAUAAUAUAAAAAUAAUUCAUCUGCCGUAAAAAAUAAAAAAAAAAUCUAUUUAAAACCGUAUGAAUGUAGUUGUUUAGUGUAAUGGAAAAAAUAAUUAAACCACAAAAAAAAGUUGUAUGAGAGACGCAGAGUAGGGAAUAUUGUAUUUUAAAUUAAUGACUUUAACAAGGAUGAUCUAGCUAACGAAGAAUUGUAUGUAAUGAUUGACGACAAAUAUAAAAUUUAAAUAAA